AUGUCCGACCCCCGAUUUGCCCGUCUGAAGACUGACCCCCGCUUCCGUCGCGUCAAGAAGGACAAGCACAGGGUCGUCGUCGACGACCGCUUCAAAGCCAUCCUCAACCCCGACCGCAAGGGCAAACGCAGCAUCAGCAAAGCGCCUGUCGACAAGUAUGGCCGUGCUCUUCCACCGACCCACGAACAGGACAAUCUCCGCAGGUUCUACCGUCUCGAGGACGACGACGAGGCGAGGCUCGAUCUUCCCUCUGCUCCAGACUAUGCUCGCGGAGAUAUUCUGCUCGAGUCUUCGGACGAGGAAGGCGAGCCCGCCCAGCGCGCCGAAUCCGAUGAUGACAGCGACUCCGGCGGAGUGGUCACUCUAGGGCGCGACAUCACACAACCUAUUCCGGUUCCUGGUGAUUCCGCGGAAGUUGAUCUCGACGAAGAUACGCUCGCCGACUUGGACGCACAGGCCGCCGAGUACGCCAAAGCCAAUCCGGAGGAUGCUCAAGGCUCAGGUGGCAUUCAGCACACUCGUAGGAUCGCGGCUGUUAAUCUCGACUGGGACCAUGUGCGUGCUAUCCACCUCUACAAAAUUUGCUCCUCCCUGGUUUCGCCUACUGGCGCGGCUGCCACCUCGGGGUCGAAAGGCUCAUCCAAGCGCGGCUCCACUUCUGCUGUCCGCGGGAGAGUCCUGAGCGUACGUGUCUACACAAGCGAGUUCGGGAAGCAGCGGAUGGCGAGAGAGGAGAAAGAGGGUCCGCCACCCGAGGUUUUCAAGAAAAAGCGCGACCUGAAGCCGGAGGAGGUCAACGAACGCACUGUCUACGAGUUCGGAGACGAAGAGGAUUAUGACGAGGAUGCAUUGCGAAACUAUCAGCUGGAGCGUCUGCGAUACUUCUACGCUAUCAUCGAAUGUGAUUCCGUUGAAGCUGCAUCGCACAUCUUUGAUGAGUUGGAGGGCACAGAGCUCGAGCGCUCCGCCAAUGUGUUCGACCUAAGCUUCGUACCGGACGGUAUGACUUUUAAAGAUAGCCCUCGGGACGAGGCUACGGAGGAUGUCAACGCGCCUUAUAAGCCAUUGGAGUUCACGACUGAUGCUCUGCGCCAUUCCAAGGUGAAGCUCACCUGGGACGAGGACGAACCAGAGCGCGCCCAAGUCACUCGUCGCACCUUCACCAAGAAGGAGAUCGAGGAGAACGACUUCCGCGCAUAUAUCGCCUCCUCGUCGGACUCCGAUUCGGACAACACUCCCGCCGCUGUCAAGGGCAAGGCUAAGAACAACAAGACCAAGGACGCCGGGCGCGAUCGACUGCGCGCCUUGCUGCUCGGGGAAGGCGACGAAACGCUCCCCGAGGGCUGGGCUAAGGGCGAAGAUGACACAGGCGCGGACGACAUCGACAUGGAGAUCACAUUUACGCCCGGGCUCAGCACUAGCAAGGACGGGGACGAGACCACACUUGAGAAGUACCAACGAGAGAUGCGAGAAAAGAAGAAAAAGCGGAAGGAGGAGAUGCGUGGGCGCGCGGGGUCAUCCAAGACCGAGCCAAAGACCUUGAAAAAGGCUGAGGGUUUGGAGGACGAUUUCUUCGGUGCAGACAGUGAGGAUGGGAGUGUGGAAGCCGGGGUGUCGCAAGAGGAGAAGGGCAAGAGCACCGACAGAAAGGGCAAGCGGCCCGGCGGAGAGGACAAGAACGGAGACCAACGAGCUCGCGUCGAGAGUACUGCGGAAGAACUUGCCUUGCUUGCCGCAUCCGACAACCCCAAUCGCGAGAUCAAGCACUUCGACAUGAAGGCUGUUCUCCGCGCCGAGAAGAAGGGCAAGAAAAAGGGCAAGAAGGGCAAGCGCGGGAUUGACGAGGGGGAGAACGAGGUGCAGGAGGAUUUCUCCAUCGACGUCAAGGAUGAACGUUUUAAAGCGGUCCUUGAGGACCACACUUUCGCUAUUGAUCCCAGCAAUCCUCGAUUCAAGAAGACGAAGAGUAUGGCCGUACUUCUCGAAGAACGCUCACGCAGGCAGCAAAACAAGUCUAAAAACGGUCGACAGUCGACCCAGACCGCGCAUGCCGACGGGGGGACCUCCAGAUCGAGCCUACAAAGCUUGGUGGAAAGCGUCAAGCGCAAGAGCGUGACACUGGACGCACCCGGAGUGGGGAAACGCAGGAAGUUGGCGUGA